CACGCCGACCGUUCUCGACUCGGGUGGAGAUUGGCCUGUGCCAGCUGUCCCGACAUCGCAGCCCUGCUCAGACACAGACGAGGACUGAAAAUAAGCACAAGCCAAUGCUCUCCAUGGGGUAGGAGGGGGAACCUUUGCGUCUGUUGCAUCAGGCAACAGUCGUGAAGGGUUCUGUGUAUGAAAGACAUACACAAAGAAACCAUACCCCUAUGCGAUGCAACUUUACAAAAAAUGUAGCAUUGGGGUGACUUUGACGAUGUCUAAGAUGUUUCGGUUGUCUGUCAAGUCACCCAAUGCCACAAGUCACCUUGUGUUGUUGACUGAAGAAAGCUGCUCAGGGAAACAGGGUCUUCUUUUCCCAACUUCAAAAGACUCCUUUAAAUACCCGACGUCUACUAAUGUCCUCGUGGUAGCACAGUAUCAGAGUGUUCUCCUUUUUUCAGACUAUAAUUCUCCACCGUGCUUGACCUCAUCGUCUUUGCAAGAUAUAUUGGGAAUGAAGAAACUUACUCAGUGCCUCUGGAACCGAACACACCAGUUUGCAACAAGAAUCUCUUCUCAACUGCAAUACUGGGUACCCUUGGGUCGACAAAAGCCAACUCAUCGAAUUUUUCACGACGGUGACACCUCUGACUCUCCAACUUACACCGAUGAUCCUAGAACGCCGAAUGGCUGCUACUUUUGCAGCGGAAGGUAUGUCAAUAGAGGCGCCCCAUGGAUAGUCACCAACCCAGAUCCCGCGUCCGAGUCUGAAUCAGAAGACGGAAGCCUCCCGGGUGCCGACACACCCUUUGAAGCAUCGAGUACGAUCUCCAGGGCUGCGGUCACAUAUAGACCAGUAGAUGCUCCGAGUGAACUCUCUCGAACCCUUUCGCGACCAGUCUACCAGGGGACCGAAAAACAUCCUUCGCACCGAACGAGGCAUGAAGAUGAUUUGAUGGCUUUCUAUGAUGGCUUUAAAAAUCAAGAGGACUUGGUACUUGUCCUAGAGCGUGGUACGCAAGCAAAAACUUCUCGCCGCCGGGACCCACGCAAGUAUUCAUCUUUAGCUAGAAAGGGUUAAUCUUGUUUUUUUACACAAGCUUUCCUACCUCACAGUUACUUCGCGCGGAUAUUCAAGAGGAGGGAUGUUUAUUAAUAAUCCUAUAUGUGCAAUAUUUUAGACCAAAACAACAACCUUUCCUCCGGCAGCGUUAUCUUCCAUACAUUGGUGGGCUUCCACAAUCUGUUCCAUGUGGAAAACGCGGCCGACUUUGAUUUUUAACCGGUUCUCUUCUACCUGUUUGAUCAGAUCUGGAAGAGGAGUGGUCAU